AUGGCUAGCAAGCUCAACGCGUUCCUGGCCGCGGUGCCUGCGAACGCCAACGUGCCCAGCCCGCCCAAGACAGCGCCGGCCGUGAUGGCGUUCCCGCAGCUUGAGUUCAAGGAAGCGCCCGAGAACGUGGGCGCAUUCGCCCCCACCACGCCGCAGCCGCCCGUGGUGCGUCGUCGCCAGCGCAAAAAUAACCCCAGCCUCAAGCUGGAGCUGGACUCGAACCAGGAACAUGACAGACCUGAGGAUGAUCGAGAUAUGUCGCGUCCUUCCCCUCUAAAGAGCUUCAUGGCCGCCCAAGCAGCCGCCGUUAAGCUGAAGGCACAGACGGAGAAGCACGAUAUCCCAACACCAGACUUGGCGCGCACAAGCAGCGGGUCCGAGCUGGACGCCAAGUCGGAGGCGGGACCCAUGCGCAUGGCCAGCGUACAAGGCUCGCACCACCGUCGCGUGUCCACCGACACAACGCUAUUUAACCGGUAUCUGCGUCAACAAGCAGACCUGGAUAUUAGUCACGACACGGUGCAGUAUUUCGCAAAUGUCCCGGUCAUUACCGCCACUGCAGCUGCCGUUGAUGCUCUGGAAUGCGAAAUGAGUGUGGAUAAUAACGCCGACGAGGAGCACGCGAUCAUCGUACAGGAACCCGAGGAGAUCCUUGCUGUCUUCCGACUCGGAGGCACCAUCCCUGUGUCCAGUGCGCUGGAAAUUGUACGACGAGCUACGAACCUCAUGGCACUAGAGCAGAACGUCAUCUCGAUUCGUGCGCCGUACACUCUAGUGGGGGAUCUCCACGGCCAGUUCCAGGACUUGCUCGAACUCUUCCGAGUACACGGCUCUCCUGCCGUGGACAACCCGUUCUUGUUCCUAGGUGACUAUGUGGACCGUGGCGUGUCUUCGUGCGAGAUAAUCUUAUUGCUCUUGGCCUUCAAAGUGGCUUUCCCGGACAGUGUCCAUUUAUUGCGAGGCAAUCACGAGUGUCGGAGUUUGAGUACAUUUUACGGUUUCCGUGCCGAAUGCCUCAAGAAGUACGGACCUGUGCUCUAUAACCGUAUGAUCAAGUGUUUCGAGAGUAUGCCACUGGCUGCACGACUCGAGACAGCGCACGGCACGUUCCUGGCUGUACAUGGCGGACUGUCGCCCGAUAUUCAGUUCGUGGGGGACAUUAACGGACAAGUGAACCGCUUUAUGGAGCCUGAACCAAACGGAGCUCUGUGCGACUUGUUGUGGUCAGAUCCUGCGAAGGGCGAAGCUCAGGAGCAGGAGUGGGCACCCAAUGGGAUGCGUGGCUGCUCGUUCACAUUUAAUGAACGCGCCUGUCGCGAAUUUCUGAAGCGCAACAACCUCCUGGCCAUUGUACGUGCUCAUGAACUGGAAGAAAAUGGUUAUAAGGAGCACUUUCGACACGAAGGAGACCGCACAGAAGAAGACGAGGACGGGAAACUGGCUCUACCUGCGGUUGUGACGGUGUUUUCAGCUCCGGAGUACUGCAACACGAACCACAAUGUCGGCGCGACGCUGAAAAUUCCCUGGGAAAGACAAAAUGGUCGUCUGCUGCAGUAUCAGCAGCAUAAACGCAGUCAAUGUUCCGAGUUUGAGUUCACGCGAGCCAGCGAGGAGACGGCGGCCAAGGCGUUUCUGGAGGAGAAUUUGCCGUUCUUGCCGAUUGACUUUUACGACUUGGUGAAUGUGUGUCGGCAGCUGCGGCUCACUCUUGAGAGAGCAGCGAGUAUCACCCCAGCACCUGCUUCAGAACCUAUUCGCAAGCUGUCGCUUGUGUCGUCGCUGUGUGCGCCAGCAACUAGUCUGGAAACGAGGAUCGAGGAGGAAGACCCAGAGCUUCCCGUGUCGCCACCUGCUUCUGCACCAGCAAAUGAAGUGGAGAAGGAAGCUACAGCAACUCUGAAGGCAGUGGGCGAGUCGUUGCAGGAUUGGGAACUUGUUGAGACGAAGAGUGUCGAGGUUGACACUAGGAAGGUGAAGAAAGACAAGAAGAAGGAGAAAAAGGAGAAAAAACUGAAGGAGAAGAUCGAAAAGAAGAAGCAAAAGGACAAGAAGAAGUGGGAUACGAGUCGAAUUGCUAGCGGUUGGAAGCUCUGCCCUGGGUUUGUACGCUUCUACGACCGCUACUUCUCAAGAGACAGUAUGAAGAAGAGCGAGCCGGAGAUCACCUCAGCUCCUGGCCAUCUAGGCAAGCGGCCGUCGUGGAUCUCAAACUACAAAACACCUUUUAGACGCUCGACUUCGACCGGCGAGGCCCCCACCGACACUGAAACUGUCGACACCGUCUUGGACUCUACCGGUCCUGCUCGACGGAAGAGUAUGACGGAUUGGAUGCCCAUGCCGUCGUUCGAGCAGGUGGCGCAGCUGACGAACACGCUUCAGGGUCACAUUCCCGUGCAGUCGAACGGCGUCAAUGUAUUCACGAAGGCACAGUGGCAAGCUCUGAAGUUGUACUUCUCGAUCCUGGAUCUGGAUGGCAAUGGCGUUUUGAUGGAAGAGAGCUUCGUUGUUCUCCUCGCAGAGCAAGACAGCGAUGCAUACGCGACUGAAGACGAACUGAGUCUGUUGAUGGAAGUCAUGGACUGCAACGCCGACAAUAUGAUCACUGAGCAAGAUUUCUUGCUAUUCGCAUACCGAGCCUUACUGCGAUGGAAAAAAGCUCUACAUGGCUCCGACUAGAGUGUGCAGGAGCGGAAUCGAACUGACGUAGCGAAGUAUGAACAAUGCCAGAUUAGAAUCCACAGUAGCGCGGCAUAUGCCCAUAAUGAAGAACGAGAAAUCUAUUAGUUGAAA